AUGUAGUAAUUACAGUAGCAUUAUUCUUAAUAACAUUUACCUCAAGCUUAUUAACAAUAGCAAAGGAAUGUAUCCAGCUCACCUAUGCAAAGACAAUUUCAAAUACAGCCUUUCACUCCAACCUAAAACUUGGGAGGGUAGAAUGAAGGAAUGAAACCUUAUUCUACAGAUAUGAGAGAAAGAAGUAGGUAAAUGUAAAACACACCACAAUACAAUGGAUAAUCUUUAGAAAGUAUGGCUUUGCGCAUUCAGACUCUUGAGAAGGAGAAUUCAAACCUUAAAAAAUAAUUAGAAAAUGCUAAUCACUAAAUUCAGGUUUUGAAUAACAAGUUCAAUCAAAAUCCAUCUCCAAGUCUACUUAAAACAACCACAUUUGAACUUGUUGUAUUGUAAAAGGCUGUAGAACAGUUAGAAGGACUUAAAAAUGGGCUUCAGAAGAAAAAAUUGCAGGGAAGCAACAAUCAAACCACUUUACCUGAUUCUCAGAAGGAGGCCUUUAGCGAACUUAAAAGUAAAGUUACUGUAAUGGAGGAGAAAUAAUAAUAGUAAGAACAUCAGCAAUCUUAAACAAUGCUCAUAUUUCCAAAGGAAUAAAAUUUACAAUAAAAUCCUCCUUCUAAAGAGGAAGUCAAAGAAGAACCAAGACAUGGCAGAAGGUUUAAUGUCAAUUCUUAAUCUGAUUAAGUUGACAAUUAAACCAAAGUCAGUCCCGUUAGAGUUUUGAAUGUAAAAGGAGGAACUAGUUAAAAUGCUUUGAGAGUAUCCCCCAGAAGAAAACCAGACUCACAGCAAAUUUGA